UUCACGACGAAGGCCCUGCAGCAGGUGGGCCUCCUGGCCUACCUGGGCAACGAGGUGAGGAGUGCCAGGCAGGACUUCCUGGCACUCAGUCUCGUCCGUGGUCACCUGAUGCUCACCUGGGACCUCGGUGCUGGCCCACGAAGAAUAAUGACGUCAGAGGCACUGGACGCUACGUUGCACACGCACUCUGCGCUGAUUGGUCGCCGUGGGCGGGGGGCGUGGCUUGUGGUGGACACACAGAAGAAUAUAUCUGCAGAUUCCCAGGGCUAUUUGUCCUCCCUCAACACCAACUCUAUGCUCUAUAUCGGAGGCCACCCGUCCUGGAACAUGACCCACCUGCCGGCCGACAUGUGGCGCCACCAGGGCUUCCGCGGCUGCGUCUUCGACCUGCGUGUGGCCGGCACCCUGGAGGGGCCCUGGACCGCCCUCAGGAUAGCCGGAGGGGCUAACGUGAAGGAGUGUGGUCAGGACGAGUGCCACCGGGACUCCUGCGCCAACGGUGGCACCUGCGUCGGCCUCGGUGCUACCAUCAGGUGUGAGUGUCCCGUCGGGUGGAAGGGCCCGCGGUGUGAGGCUGCCAGCCACGUGUGUGAGGGGGGCGGGAGGUGCGCCCCCGGAGCCUCGUGCCUGGGAGGGGGGUCGUCGGGAGCGCCCCUCACCUGCUUGUGUCAGCUGGGCAGGACUGGACCUCGCUGUGAGAAAGGCGUCAACAUCACAGACCCGCAUUUCUCGGGCGACGGGUCCUUCCUCAGCCUCCGUGCCAAGAACCUCCGACGGGAGUCUGAGGUGGUCAUGUCCUUCAGACCCACGCGUCUCGAUGGCCUCCUGCUGCUGGUGCUGCCGAGGAGACCCCCGGGAGACUUCAUGGCCCUGGCGCUCGUCAACGGCACCCUGCAGUUUACUUAUCAUCUGGGGUGGCGCGCGCCGGGGCUGGUGGUGGUGCGGUCUGAGGGCGAGGUGAGGCUGCAGGAGUGGCAGACGGUGCAGGUGUGGCGACGGGGCGGGGACGGGGCCCUCACCUUCAGGGGAACCACCACCAGGGCCGCCUCCCCCUCCCCCACCACACUUCUCGACGUACACUCAGAACUCUUCCUCGGUGGCGCGCCCGACCUGGCAGUGGUCCCGCCAGCCGUGGCGCCUCCUGAUAGUCGUGUUGCCUUCCGUGGCUGUGUCAGGCAGGUGGUGAUCAAUGGGGUGGAGCAGGACCUGCGGGUGCCUGGCGGAGGGGUGGUGCGCGGGGCGGGGAUCACUGACUGCGACGGGACGGCCUGCGGCAGCCAGGUGUGCCUCAACGGGGGCACCUGUACUCCUGUCGGCGACACCUUCGUCUGCACCUGCCCACAGGAGUAUACAGGAGCGAGGUGUCAGCUGGCACGGGCCUGUCUCGACCAUCUGUGUGUCAACGGAGGAAGGUGCGUGCCCUCGUACGUCUCUGACAGCGGCAAGAAGCGUCGUCACACACUCCUGCAGGUGGAGGGACCACCUCGAGGAAACACUGGAGAGGUGCAAGUGGACGGGAUCAAGCGGGAGGAACCCGUCAGACGAAGAGGGAACCUCAUCAGGGACGGUCAAAGUACCAUGCACAAGGAAAAGUACAGCGUGGGGAAAGGAAAUGUGUUCAGGGAAACGCAUCUUAUUUUGGAAGAUGGAGACGGGGCUUCGAACAUGAACAGUGAUGGCGAUCUGGAGAAGCGUAUCAGAAGGGAAGGGGGCAUCUUCAAGCGCGUGGAUGGGAAAGAAGACGUAGCCAUGGGCAAGAAUGAAGACAUGAAGAAGAGAGAGACUGAGGACGUGAACACUGCCUACAGCCCAUAUAACUGCCUCUGUCCUCUUGGCUACUUCGGUGUUCACUGCGAAGCAGGCGGGGAGGUGGUCUCAGCCAGGUUCUCUGGGAGGAGCUUCGCCGUGGUCCCUGAGGGCCCCUUCGGCAGCCCCGCGCCGGACACAGACUCCCUGGCUCUCAACUUCUCCACCAGCGCCACACACGGCCUCCUCCUGUGGCGAGGACAGGUGGAUGUCCCCGGAGAGGAUUUCCUAGGUGUGGGUGUGUCAGGCGGGCGGGUGAAGGUGGUGUGGCACCUAGGGGGAGGAACCCUUGGCCACCUCACUACGUCAGGCAGCGUGAGGGACGGGGCGUGGCACAGUCUGCUGGUGUCGAGGACGGGCGCCGUCGUCACCGUCUUCCUCAAUGGCCGCCCAACCAAGGCCGCUGCCUCUGGCACUUACACACAAAUCAAUGACGCACAGGGACUCUUUGUUGGUGGAUUCCCUAACGACGUGUCAGUGGCCUUUGGGACAGAGGGACACUUCCAGGGGGCCUUCGUCGGAUGCAUACGAGACCUCAUCGUGCAUCAAGCCUCGACCCCCAUCAAGUUCUCCACACUUCAACAAGGCCAGGAUCUCCAGCCUUGCUCGUGAAGAUGGCGGAAAAUAUAUCCUGCUUGUUCCUGAGAUGUUGGUGAAGACUCUAGCAAUGAAUGUAUUCAGUGUUGCAAAAGCAGUUAUGUGUUAUAAUAAUGUUGUUUAGAGGUUAAAAACGACGAGAACAUGAAGUCUUGGAAAAUGAUCAAGAACGUACGUUUUAAUACGUAAGAGAUAACAUACAUAUACUGUACCUGUUAAUACUGUGAAGACAAUUUUCAGAGUACUUUACGAUGCUGUGAAAGACACUCAGUGUACCUGACAAUGCUGUGAAACAAACUUGCAGUAUUCAUUACUCUGCUGUAGACGAAAUUAUUCUUGCAUAUAAAGUACCAAAAAAGAUUCCAGUAUAUUUGUUACUGUACCGAUGAAAAAAAGACUGCAACAAGCGACAAUUCUCCUUAUUAAAUCGAUAAAGUUGACCAUUAUCUGAAAGAGCGUCACAAUGACUAUUUCAGCCCUGAGGAAGAAAUGAGCUGUUUAUAUUGCGAUAGCGUUCAUCAAUGAUCCGGAAACACUUAGCUCCUCUACGUACGAUCGCGGGGAAUCUUCCCGUAGUUUACAAUGCUAUAGAAUGGUGGCGAAAAUUAUGCUGGGAACGGUAUAAAGUGAAAAGAAAACUGCUGUAUAAUUUGUGGUGUGAUAUGAAAUGUUAUGUACACUUACGUUGUUGUGGAAAGCAGCAUAGUGCGUCACGAUGCUAUUAAGGACGUGCUACGUAGUCCUUCUGACUUUGGCGCCAUCUUUUGAUAAUUACUUACUGUUGAGGAGAGCAAUACAGUACGUCACGGUAUUGGGGAAGAAAUGCAGGCAGAAAAUAUCUUAGGAAAAGCUUGAAUUUCCUGCAAAUAGCAGUGCUGAUGUAUGUGUCCAUGAGAUUGAAUAUAAUUUUAUGUCACAAAUAAGAGCUACCAUCCUUUAGAACCUGUUUUAAAGAAUCGUCCAUAUUGCUGAGUUUAUUGUUGAAAUUAGCAUCCACUUUCCUGAAUCUGGUUAAAUUAACACGUUACAACCUGUCUAGACAUUAGUCGUGAAAUCGACCACCAAUAUCUUUUCAAAUAUUUUCGAAUGAUUAAUGAAUUACUGAUCAGUUUUGUGAAAGAGUUCAUGGCAGCACGCAUUCAGAAUUUUAGGAGACUUUAAAUAUCUGAACAAAAAACUUUGAUAAAUUGUUCCCCAUCUUUGAGGCUUCAUGGUGGACCCUCAGUGAUAGAAAAUGAGCCACCUGGACCUCCAUAUAUAAGACUGGGUUUCCUUUGUCUCCUUGAAACUAUUGGAAAGAUAUAUGAUAGUUAUUUAUGAAAGGUGUGUUUAUUUCUUAAUUACUACAGGUUGUUAUGAAUAGGUAUUAAGACUUACAUAAAAUAUUUAGAGAAGUACAGUAGAUAGAAAUUACUUCCAGCAUAACAAUAUUAUGCUAGGUAAUCAUCAACUACAUCACCGGGAAUACAGGAUAUAAUGCAAGAAGCCUACUCAUUACAAUGACAAUAUUUUAUUUAUGCUAUCAAACUGCCAUCCACAUUGUUAGCGUGCGAGGGACCAAAUAAUUCUAGUACAAUGGUAAUUUACUGAUAAUAUAUGUAAUUUUUUUUAAGUAAUCUUGCAGAAGAGUUGUACAUAUUCUACUCUUCAUACAUGUUGGAAAAACAACGUUGAACUUACAUCAAUACAUAAGUUACAAUUUACUGUGACAUAAUAUGUGUUUAUGUGAUAGGAUGACACACACAUGCUCCAGUGAGUCGUGCUAUGAUAUCAAGCUAAUUAACUAACUCAGGAAUUGGAACAUUUUGCACCACUGAGAGUGUGGUGAUGGGGAAUUGUUUGUCUGUGGGAGCAAGCUCUGUGUUCCCCCCAUGGUCAUCACUGUGUUCAUCUACUCACUGCCCACGGUCAUUACUAUUCAUCUACCCACUGCCCAUGGUCACUACUGUGUUCAUCUACCCACUGCCUACGGUCAUUACUGUGUUCAUCUACCCACUGCCCCACUGUCAUUACUAUGUUCAUCUACCCACUGCCCCACGGUCAUCAAUGUGUUCAUCUACCCACUGCCCCACGGUCAUUACUGUGUUCAUCUACCCACUGCCCCACGAUCAUUACUGUGUUCAUCUACCCACUGCCCCACUGUCAUUACUGUGUUCAUCUACCCACUGCCCCAUGGUCAUCAAUGUGUUCAUCUACCCACUGCUCCAUGGUCAUCAAUGUGUUCAUCUACCCACUGCCCCACGGUCAUUACUGUGUUCAUCUACCCACUGCCCCACUGUCAUUACUGUGUUCAUCUACCCACUGCCCCAUGGUCAUCACUGUGUUCAUCUACCCACUGCCCCACGGUCAUCACUGUGUUCAUCUACCCACUGCCCCACUGUCAUUACUGUGUUCAUCUACCCACUGCCCCAUGGUCAUCAAUGUGUUCAUCUACCUACUGCUCCAUGGUCAUCAAUGUGUUCAUCUACCCACUGCCCCACGGUCAUCAAUGUGUUCAUCUACCCACUGCCCACGGUCAUCACUGUGUUCAUCUACUCACUGCCCCACGGUCAUUACUGUGUUCAUCUACCCACUGCCCCACGGUCAUCACUGUGUUCAUCUACCCACUGCCCCACGGUCAUCACUGUGUUCAUCUACCCACUGCCCCACGGUCAUUACUGUGUUCAUCUACCCACUGCCCCACGGUCAUUACUGUGUUCAUCUACCCACUGCCCCACGGUCAUUACUGUAUUCAUCUACCCACUGCCCCAUGGUAGUUACAUAUUAUCCUACACUGUUACAUUUCAAAUCACGAUGUCCAAAAUAUUCCAUGUUUUCUAUAGUUAAGUCUUUCUUUCGUUCUAUUAUAAUUUUAUUAGAGGACUUCUCUUAGAAAAAGUAGUUUAAAAUGAAUUCUAUAUACGAUGAAAAUACAUGAAUAAUGUAGCUUCAAUGAUGAUACAUUUUGUGGCCAUUACUUCCAGAAACUUUUCUGUAUCAUACCAGAAGUAAUGACACGAACCAAUCGCUAAUAAGUGAACUUAGAUUUUUAAUAUAUUGAAUAUUUUAUUAUGUAGAUAGUCAGGUGAGAUUUUUGGCUCACUUUGGUCACAUUAGAGUGUAGAGCAGUGUUGCUAUUGUUAAUGGUUAUACAGCCUAGUACAGGAGCGGGAGACAGCUAGCUUGGCUUCACUUUCCGGAGUUCAAACACAUUAUCACUGCCAUCUUAGUCUAGAGAUUACACUUUUGUUAUCGCUGUUGAGAUUAUAUGGUUUUUAUAUAAUUAAGGCGUGUAGGAUCGUCUGCUAUAUCAUUUAUUUUUGUACUUUCAAGACAGAGCUGUGUCUCGACAGUACUGAGCGUUUAGUAAUAAUUACAGAAAGUCGUUACAAAAACAUGAAAGUUAUGCAAGGCAACAUGAUAACCAAUGGCUUCCAUGUUAUGCUCAGCUAUAGAGCUCUACAGUUGGACAAUGAGAGCCUUCGAAGCUCUGUGUUUAACUCUGUGUACCUGAAAAUUCACCAGUAACGAGACCUAAUCUUUCAAAGGCCAUAUAAUGUUUAUACACAGCUAGAGACCGCCAACAACUAAAUAAUCGACAGAUACAAACGACAAUAGAAGUAUAGACAAUGCGGAAGCACUAUAUAUAUUAAAUUAUAAUUAUUAAUAUAUCUUAUCCAUCAACAGCCAGCUUACAAUUAAAUAUGUACUAUUAUCCUCAAGGCUGAACUAUACCACCAGCAGACAAGCAGACAGACAUUCUACUUUAUAGGAAUAGAUUUUUGUUAAUGUGGGUGUGUAUAUAUAUUCACUUAUUUAUAUGAUUAAUCCUUCUAGUGAACCGGUAAAUGUGAGGUGGUCAAGUCUGCCGUUAUUAUCAGUUCAUACUGAAACAACAGAUGGGUGAGUGAGUCAGUGACCCAUCAGUGAUGAAGACACCACACACACCCAACCCAUGAAUGUAUUCAUCACCCAGCCACACACAUGACAGCCUCCAUACAGGUACAGAUGCAGUUAGUCACUGUACACAGGUGUCAUGUUGAAUUAAGGUCAACAUUCUGUACUUCAAAUGCGUCUACAAAUGACUUAAAAAAUGAUGAAAUGCCUGGAUACAAUUUUGUAUAAUCAUGUCCCCCAUGUGAUCAAUAUUGUUGUUGUUAUUGAUACAUUUUUUAACAUUUGUGUAUAUGCCAUUUUCUUAAAGUGUUAAUGUUA